GCGCGACUCUCUGCGUCUUCCUUCCUCUUCGCUCUUGAGUUUCGGCGAGUGUCAACCGCAAAGUGAUCCGGGCCGGGAAGAUAUGGCUGGAUAUCUGAAAGUCCUCAGCUCUCUGUCGAGGUCUACCUCCGCCUUUUCCAGAACCCCGGCGGUGCUCACCCCGGCUGCUCAGUGCCAGACUUUGCAACAAAGAAACUAUGCCGACAAACGCAUCAAAGUGGCCCAGCCCGUGGUGGAGAUGGACGGAGACGAGAUGACGAGGAUCAUCUGGGAGUUCAUCAAGGAGAAGUUCAUACUGUCCAAUGUCGAUGUGGAGCUGAAGUAUUUUGACCUCGGGCUGCCGUACCGUGACCAGACAGACGACCAGGUGACCAUCGACUCUGCCCUGGCCACCAAGAAGUACAGUGUUGCGGUUAAAUGUGCCACCAUCACACCCGACGAAGCAAGAGUGGAAGAGUUUAGCCUGAAGAAGAUGUGGAAGAGUCCUAACGGUACCAUCAGGAACAUCUUGGGCGGUACAGUCUUCCGCGAGCCAAUCAUCUGCAAGAACAUUCCCAGGCUUGUUCCCGGCUGGACGCAGCCAAUCACCAUUGGCAGACACGCUUUUGGUGACCAGUAUAGAGCAACAGACUUUGUUGUGGACCAGCCUGGCAAAUUCAAGAUCAUCUUCUCACCUAGUGAUGGCAGUGCGGGCAAGGAAUGGGAGGUGUACGACUUCCCUGCAGGUGGCUGUGGAAUGGGCAUGUACAACACAGAUGAGUCCAUAACAGGCUUUGCACACAGUUGCUUCCAGUACGCCAUUAACAAGAAGUGGCCGCUAUACAUGAGCACAAAGAACACCAUUCUUAAAGCUUAUGAUGGCAGAUUUAAAGACAUCUUCGAGGACAUCUUUCAGAAGCACUACAAGCCCGAGUUUGACAAGCUGAAGAUCUGGUACGAGCACAGGCUUAUCGACGACAUGGUCGCUCAAGUACUGAAGUCUUCUGGAGCCUUUGUGUGGGCGUGUAAGAACUACGACGGCGAUGUUCAGUCUGAUAUCCUUGCGCAAGGUUUUGGUUCUCUGGGACUUAUGACAUCCGUGCUGGUGUGUCCUGAUGGCAAGACGAUUGAGGCCGAAGCUGCCCACGGCACCGUGACCAGACACUAUCGCGAGCACCAGAAGGGAAGGCCAACGAGCACCAACCCCAUUGCCAGCAUCUUCGCCUGGACCAGAGGCCUGGAGCACCGUGGUAAACUCGACGGAAACCCCGACCUCAUCAAGUUCUCCCAGACUCUGGAGCAUGUGUGCGUAGAGACCGUGGAGAGUGGCACCAUGACAAAGGAUCUCGCCGGCUGCAUCCAUGGCCUGUCUAACGUCAAGCUGAACGAGCACUACGUCAAUACCACAGACUUCCUUGACGCCAUCAAGACAAAUUUGGAUAAAGCCCUUGGCAAGUGAAGGACUUGAAGAAACUAUCGUUAACAGGGCAUUGUCACGCUUCUGUUUUUGUACCUCAUUUUUAACUUAAAGGUCAAUCAAUUCACAGACAUUUUCACCUGAAGGACAAACAUUUGUGUUAUCUUAGAAGUAUUUUGCUGUUCUAUUGGGGGUUAUUAAAUGGUUGAGAGUUGCCCUACCACUUAAUACCUCCCUUAACACAUGUCCAGUGUUUUGCAAGGUUUUAUUUUUGUAAUGUGAAGUACUGUAUUCAAUACUGUGUAAUGCCUGGGGCAAGACUGCAGCUUAUUUGACAAUAAAACCUUUUUGACCCACACAA